AUGCCCGAUAAACGAAAAGAGACUCCUUCAAUACCGGGCAGUUCUCCAUACGCGAAACGGACGCGCCAAUCAUAUGCAGAAGACGAUGAAGACGAAGCGCCCUCAAGAUCAAGCCCAUACGAGCGACCCCGUAACCAUCCUGUCUAUGGCAUGAAGAAUGCAUUUCCAGGUCUUGACGACCCUGCUGGUGAUGAGCUCUUCUAUGGCCCAGCAGAAGACGGACUAGAGUACCUUCGCAUGGUCCGAUCAGAAGCAAAUUCCCUACCUACGCUAUUCGUCGCGGCUAAAACGUCUGAGAAGACGACCGUCGAGGCGACAACGCAUACGCAUCUCGAAAACGAGGCACAGGAUGUCGGAAGUGAACCCCCGGAGGGUCUAUACACCGAUGGUGUCUACAUUGCGCCUGCUGUCAAUACGACAGAAGAAACAUCUCUAAGACACGCUACUGGCGCCGGAGAAACGGAACCGGACGCUCAAUCUUCGUACUAUAACCUUCUCCGUCAUCGCUUCGUACUCCUACGGUCGACUUUGAGAUGCCAACCUCCCGCUUCUGCUAUUGCUGCCCUCGAUGAUCAACAUCCCAUCUCCCUCCCACGCUCAUCGAAAGCUGCCCGUUCGGAAUGGCGACAUUUACUAUUAUCUGUCGAUCCGCAAAUGGUUCAGCUAGCGUGCAUGGAUAUGGAUAGUGUGCUAGGCGUGCUGGAGAUCAUGGGCCGCUUGAUGUCUGAGAACGUCAAGAGCGGAGACGCGCUUCGUGUGAGACGGAUCGGAGCCUGGGCUUGGGGGCUACUAGGCAAGUGUCGAGAGGUGGGCCAGUUGGGGAGUGAGGAGGUGGGCGAGAUCAGAGAGCUAGGAAAGAGAGCUGCUACGAUAUUGGCAAGAAUGAGAAAGGCGAAAGAGGUGAAGAUUGUGAGGCGCGGGGCGCAUACUGAGACUGGGAAUGAAGAAUCUGAUGGAGAGGAGAACGAGGAGGAACCCGAAGUUCAGGAAAGUGAACCUGGCAAUGCUACAGCAGAGGAACCUUCUGAGACAGCGGAUGCCACUGGCGGUGAUCCGAUGGACAUAUCCCAACAAGAAGCACAACCCACGGAGGAAGGUACACCUGAAUAUUUGGAGGCAGUAAAAGCUCGACUUCAAGCAAGGCUGCAGGAUGACCUAGAACUAGAACCGGAAUUGCAACGCCCUGGUGCCACAAUCACAGCAGUACAGGAGGAGGGGGAGCAGAAGGUGGACGAGGAAGCGCCCUCGAAGAUGUCGGAAGAAACAUUGCCUACAGACGCAGAGAAACAAACUCUUGCUAUGCUUGAUAUGAUCAUCACCAUUGUCGGCGAGUUUUAUGGGCAGCGAGAUCUUCUCGAAAAGCGGCAUACAUGGGAAGAGGAUAUGGAAUGGGUCGAGAUAUCGAUACCGACCACGACGAUCUCCGAGGGUCCUGACCCAUACACGAUCUAUAACAUCACCCUUCGCUUGCCGCUACGCUCAUUUACAGUUCAAAAGCGCUACUCUGAAUUUGCGGCCUUCCACGAAGCUCUGGUCAGCCAGGUCGGUUCUGCGCCGCCAGCGGCGCUCCCUGGCAAGUCCUGGUUCCGGAGCACAAACAAGAACCCUGACUUGCGAGAAGAGAGACGGAAAGGCCUCGAGAAUUAUCUGCGUGUCAUCAACGAAGCCGAAGACUCCAGAUGGCGCAACUCCAGUGUCUGGAGAGCCUUCUUGAAUCUUCCCACCGCAGCUGCCAGCACAACCGGUUCGGGCGCCUCGAAACUCCACGCGGCCAUCACAGAACCAGGUAGUGCAGGCGCCCCCAUAACGGAUCCGACUCUUUGGCUAGACUGCUACAGAGAGUUGAAGUCGCAUCUGCACGAUGCACGACUUCAUCUGACAAGACGGGAUCAGGCAACAACACCGCAGAAGCAGCAUGAGAGCUCAGCGCAGGCGAAGACGUGCCUCGUUAAGGCUGGAUCCUUGAUCGGAGCUCUAGAGCAGGGGCUGAAGAACAUCAGUGAUAAGGGUGCAUGGGGAGGGAACAGCAUUGGUGAUGGAGAGGUUAGGAGGAGAAAGGACCUCCUCGCAAAUGCGAAGAAAGAGAAGGAUGGGCUAGAGAACCUGCACAACGCUAUGGUGACGAAGACAAAGCUCGACAACGCUGUCGCAUCCGUACAGGAUAAGGAGGCGCUGGUGGGCUCCAAGAAGCCUCGUUCUGGGAGAGUACUUGGGAAAGAGACCGAUAGGACGCGGGAGCUUGAUAACCAGGGGGUAUUGCAACUGCAGAAACAGAUUAUGGAGGACCAAGACUUGAGUGUCGAGGAACUCAGAAAGAUUGUCGCCAGGCAGAAGGAGCUGGGCAUUGCUAUCAACAAUGAAUUGGAUAUCCAGAGAGAGCUUCUUGAUAUGGCAAAUGACGACGUGGACAGGUUACAAUCCAAGAUCGACAUUGGCAAAAGAAGGGUUGGAAAGAUUUCUUAA